AUGACGAGAGGAAUAGGUUAUAGAACCUUUAUUUAUCCUAUGUUCAACUCGUCCAUUCAAACGGUUUGUUGUGCGGAAGAUGUGUGCAGUCAGCAGAUCCAACUGAUGAAUUACGACGAUUACGUCGUGGACUACGAUUCACUGGCACCUCUACAAAAUGAGACUGGCAAAGCGAACUUCACAUAUGCAUUAGUCGGUUUGAUGAAGCAGUUUGCUCAGCCAAGCACAAAGUGUCUCUACAAUACGAUUGUAUUGCUAACAAAUCGCAUAUUCGUCACUGAUCAAGAAAUGCUUGGAAAGGAUGUUGCCAACAUUGUCAACUACGGCUGCAUUACGUUCACUGUGAUCGCUCUGGGCAAUACCGGUAUUACCCAGGAAAUGAUGUAUGAGUAUUACUCGUGCUACACACAGCGGCUUUUCGUCGUUCCUGGUUAUAACUGCAUCACCAAACUAGACAAAUGUAUCCGACCAUGUGGUGCUGAGGGUGCGAAUGAUUGUCAGACCGAGCAGCUAACGACUUGUCCAUAUCCAACCACACCGACUAGACUGACCACCACAGAACCACCACCACUUACUACCCAUGAGUUGUUGCAUAAAUGA